ACUCGCAUUUUAAAAUUUAAUUUUGAACGUAAUCAUUCAUAGUGGUAGCUGAAAUCAAGUACUCAAUAAUGAACAAAGAAAUUUCAGUAGAAAAAGUGGCAUCGCACAAAUUUGAUAAGAAAAACAAAUCGUCGGUGUGUUGGAUAAUCAUACACAAUACUGUUUAUGAUGUGACAAAGUUUCUGAAAGAGCAUCCCGGCGGUGCAGAUUGUCUGAUAAAAUACUCUGGACAAAACGCCACACAGGCUUUUGAAAAUAAGGGCCAUAGUGCUGAAGCCAGAGAAUUGUUGAAGAAGUACCAAAUAGGCCUGCUGCCUCCAGUACAAAGGGACAUAUUCUUUGAUCCUCGAACACAGUCGUCAUCGCAAUGGACAGAUUGGGUCUGUUGUCAUGGACCUACACGAACUGCCGAACCGGAAAGAUCCAGACCAGCACCCGCAAGCUCUUUUAACUAUUGGUGGCUGCUCGCUUUGAUUGUUGUCUUGGGCGGCGCGUUCGUAGCUAAACAGAAGAUGUCGUAACAAACUUCGCAAUAAGGCAAGAUUGA